UGUUUACAGGUGCCUACCGUGAGCAUGGACCAAAGAGGAGGCUAAUAGGCACACCUCAAACCGACUAAAUUAUGCCGACGGGACAUAAAAACGGGAGAGCGGCUGUGUGUAACCUCGACUAGACUAGUGAGAAGGAAAUAAACACGACUUCAGGGAAUAAAGGAGAACUCGACUUGUAGUUUUGCUAACCGUUGGCGUUACACUCAGUGCUAGCAUGCUAACUUGUUCGAGCCGUUUUAGUAUACUUGCGAAUGUUUUUCAUUUUUAAAGCGUUCAAAAGUGUAAACGACGUAUCUACACGCGCCUAACUACGCCCCCUUUUUGUGGUUGCUACCUGCUCGUGGUGACUUUGUACCACAAACACCUGUUGUUGGGUUCUUUGUGAUGCUGCCAGGUGAGACAUGGACUUCCUCACUCUGUUCGCUAUCUACGUCGCGGUGGUGCUGGCAUGUAUAGCACUGGUCUGCAAAUACUCGGGCCAGCAGCAAACUCCCUUUCACAAGCUCUUCGACUCUGUAACGAAGGUUGUUUCCCCGUUAACACCAAAAUGGCUGCAAAGGUUUUCCCAGCGGACCUUGCACAGGCUGUUUCACCAAAGGAGCAACAUGUUCAUCUACGUGCACAUCCUGCUGGAGGGAGCUGUGUAUGCAGAGUUCACCUACGAGGUGUUCGGCUUCUGCAGGGACAUGGACACCACUCUGAUCAGCCUGUCGGUGCCUUACAUCCUGCUGGUCGUCAAGACCUUCUUCUUCUACCUCUGCAUCAAGAGAGACCCAGGCACAGUGACUAAGAAGAAAGUCGCCAGUCAGAUGCGCAUCUAUUCCUACGACAGGAGACUGUUUCACCCGGGAGUCUCCUGUCCAACCUGCCAGCUCGUCAAACCAGCUCGCUCCAAACACUGCAGGGUCUGCAACCGGUGUGUCCAGCGUUUCGACCACCACUGCGUCUGGGUGAACAACUGCAUCGGCGCUCAGAAUACACGUUACUUCCUGCUCUACCUGUUCAGCGUGUGUGCCAUGGCAGGUGACAUUGCGCUGCUAACCGGAGACAUGCUGCUUCAUGCCGUGCUGCGCUCAGGACUUUUGAGGGCCAGUUAUAUAGAUGAGUACGGCCAGCAGCAGCAAGCAGGACCUGUGUUUAUUGUACAGCAACUGUUUAUGACCUUCCCCCGAAUCGUCUUCAUGCUGGGCUUUCUCAUCUUCGUCUUCUUCCUCCUGGCCGGUUACUCCCUGUUCCACUCCUUCCUGGCUGUCGUCAACCAGACCUCGAAUGAGUGGUACAAAAGUCGAGGUUACGUUUGUCAGCACUGCCACCCGACCGCAGCAGCUGAUAACCUGCGCGGCCCGGCCCCAGACCACUCUAAGAGAUACUACUACAGCCGAGGGUUACUUCGAAACCUGGGAGAGAUUUUCUUUCCACCGCGACCAGUUCAGAAAAAAGAUAGCUGAGGAGAAAAAAAAAAAAGAUAUUGAAUUUAAUUUUGACUUUUUAUUUACUGCUCAACACUAUAAACUAUAAACUUUAAAAAUAAAGUUUACUGAUUUGUAUGUGGACUUUCUGUUUCCCAUAAGUGGUUAUGAUGUCUGCUGUAACAGAUUCCUAAAAAUGCUUUGACAUAUUC